CCUGUCUAGCUUGGGUUCAGUGUCGCGACGACAGCUGUUCCGCGUUUACGUCGCUGCACGCGUCAAAAUUCCACGGCGCUUUGCUUGUUUUUCCUGGGACUGUUCCUCCUUUUUUCGGCGCGUGCCGUUGCGUCAGAAGCGACUGGAGUACACGCGCAAGCCUACCCGCACUUGUGUCACAAAAACACAUACAUACAGGUGAAAGGACUGUGUGCGAGCAUGAGAAAAGCUGCGAUGAUUUUCGGCUUCGCGUGUGGUGAUCUCUGCUUUAUCUGCUUUGUUUUGGAGGGCUUUUUAUCGUGGGCGAUAAGGAAGUAGCGCGGAAUUUUUGGGAUGGAAAGUGAAAGGCGCGCUGCAGCGAGACAUUGAUUUUGAGAGGAUCGCGUGGAGUGAGGAAUGCGAGAAUUUUGGGUUGAGGAUAUUACAAUAAGCUAAAAUAGUAGACGCUGUGUAAAUAGUUAUAGUUAAUAGAUAAUUGACAAAAUACUCAAGUUUGUGUACCUUCGGUAUUGUCAGCCGAGUCUGAAGAGGAAAGAGAACAAAAACGAUGUUCAGCAGCCCAGCAAAGAUCGACAUCGAGAAGCCCAGAUGGGAUCAAAGCACCUACGUGGGCAGAGCCCAGCACUUUCUGAAGCUGACCAACCCCUUGAACGUAUUCGCCACGAACGGACAGCUCGAGAAAGCGAAAGACAUCGUCACUAAGUACAGAAAAGGCGCAUCGCUGGAGCAAUUGGGCAUAAGCGAGAACGAGCUAUGGGAGAACAAGUAUCUCUACGACAGCGCCUACCACCCGGACACCGGCGAGAAGAUGACCUUGAUCGGCCGCAUGAGCGCUCAAGUACCCAUGAAUAUGAUGAUCACCGGUUGCAUGAUGACCUUCUACCAAUCGACGCCAGCAGUGAUCUUCUGGCAAUGGUGCAAUCAGUCCUUCAACGCGGUGGUCAACUACACGAAUCGCAGCGGCUCGAGUCCUAUUCCCCUGGAAACCCUCGGCAUCAGUUACGUCGGUGCGACGGGCGGAGCCGUCAUCACCGCGCUGACCCUCAACAAACUCGCGAAACGCGGACCACCCCUAGCCGGUAGACUGGUGCCGUUGGCCGCAGUCGCGGCAGCCAAUUGCGUCAACAUCCCCCUCAUGAGAUUCACCGAGCUGAGGGACGGUAUCGAGCUGCAGAACGACAAGGGCGAGAAGCUCGCCAACAGCAGGAAGGCUGCCAAGGAGGCCAUCACCUCCGUCACCGUCUCCAGGAUACUGAUGGCUUCGCCCAGUAUGAUUCUGGCGCCACUGGUGAUGACCGCCCUGGAGCGUCGCAACCUUCUGGCAAAGGCCAAGUGGGCCGGAGGUCCAAUCCAGGUGGCUCUCUGCGGUGUCUGCCUGACCUUCGCCACACCGCUCUGCUGUGCUCUGUUCGCCCAGCGCGUCGCCGUUUCGGUGGACCACCUCGAGGAGGACGUUCAGAAGGAGGUGCUGGCCAAGGAGCCCAAUGCCAAGACGGUCUACUACAACAAGGGCCUGUGAGCUCCGAAAACCAAAGACUGCACUACUUACUUCGUUGCUCGUUUGCUCGUGGAUGACGAACUUUGUUUUUUAUUUGAAAUCGAAGCGAGUGCUUGGAUGCUAGUGAUUUUCACCUGUGAGUUUUAAAGUUAUCGAUGACGUGGAUCAAACAAUUUUGAGAAAGGCGGAAUAGCUCGAAACGGCUGUAGGACUAUAGAGAACAUUCCAAUGUUAUUUUAAUAAGAAUAUAUUAGGAUCAUCGAUUAUAUCGUUAAAAGUCACGGGUGAAUGGUCCUCUACGUAGUUAGAAUGCGUUGAUCGCACAGAAGGUAUAUUUUCGAAGGAAAAUCAUACGUUUAUCUGCUUGACAUUAUGCGUUCCAUAAAGCUUGUUAACAGUGCUGAUUGUUAAUACGAUAAAGGAACUACGUAAUAUAAUACAGCGCACUGUCGCAUUACGAACAAAAGUUAUAGAGAUAUUGUUGUUUUAGCAGGCUUCCAGACUGCGUCUGCCGAAUACGUUAUUUGCAACGAAACUGUUAUUAUGAUUUUUUUUAUAAAAAGAUGUGCUACAAUAGCUCAACACAAACACGUGCAAGCCUACCAAUUACCAUUGAUAUAUUCAAUUCUUGUUGUGACUUUGCGUCAAUUAAUGUUGGUGCUCUGCCGCCAAAGCUCAAUAAGACAAUAAAAAAUAAAAACAAUUUCGUCCAAAAAUAAAAAUGUCUCGUGCGUUCGAUCAGUGGAUGAAUAUAAUGACUACUACGUCCUUUUUAGAGUAGAGAGUGUUUUAUUCAUUUUCAUUAGUGUUCUUAAUAAUAAUAAAAUUACGAAGUAA